UAAAAUUCGAUGCAGAAGUUUCGCAUUUCGGUCAGCAGGUCGGUGCGGGAGAGUUCUUGAAAGAAAACAGGUGAAAACAGAUAUCUUACAGCUCACACUAGCCCAAUUUUCGUUGUCGCCAAAUUGUUGUUUUAAAUCGCGUGCGUGUGUGUGUUUUAAAGUUAAGAGCAGAAUUUUAGAAAAAUGGUUUAAAACAGGGUCGCGAAAAACCCAUUCGAUCGAAAGCAGCAAAUCGUCUACGUUCGUUACUUGCUUGAAAAGUUCAUUUGGAGCUUCUCCCUUGUGCGGUGGCGGAUCUAGUAGCACAAGAAGAGUGCGUGUGUGUGUAUUAUGUGUGCGUGUGUAUAAAUUUGUAAUUUGCUAAGCAGUGUAUGUUUCUAGCUGUGUGCCGUGUAGUAGAUGUGCUUUUAAUUGUAAAAAAGAAUGGUGUGUCAAUCGCAAUCGAGAAAGGGAUGAAGUGUGCAUUUUCCAUUUCCAUUUUCCAUGCAUUCCCGAAAAUCAUUCCUGUUCCGCAAUAAGUGUUAGCAAAUUGUCACCCAUCGUUCUUCAUCCUUUACGGGAAUGCCGUGUUUUUCAGUGCGACCGGAAGGGGGAGUGUUGAUAAAAGUAUUUGUUUGUUAAAAUGUGCGAAAAAAAGGCUUUAGAUUAGUAUUGAUGGUGGGUUUUUGUAAAGUAAAUCUAAAGUUACUAUAAUUUUCGCGAAGUUAAUUAAUCGCCUGAAAUAGAGCACGAGAGCGAGUGGCAGAUCAACUAAGGGCGAUAAAAAAGGGAAUCAAACGAGUGUUUGUGGUUUGCUUUUUAAACUGUGAGCGACCGGGCCGAGGGCGAUUUGUGUCGCACUCUGUCACACGGGCGGAGAAGAGUCCUUCUCGGUGGUGAAAUUCUCGAUUCUCUCCCACCACUGAUGCGUUCACCGAACCGGUGAUUCUGACUCCCGGACAUCACAAGCCUAGCUAGACGUCCGAGGAAACGAGUGACGGCCCCGCAUAAAGAUGGCCACCCAUCAUCUGUAUGGGGCGCUGAUUGCGCUGGUGUGCGUUCUCUGUUACCACAACAGUCUCAACUGUGGCUUCGUGUUCGACGACAUCAGUGCCAUCAAGGAGAAUCGUGACCUGCGACCACACUCCUCGAUCAAGAACGUGUUUCUCAACGAUUUCUGGGGUACACCGAUGCACAAGGAACAGAGUCAUAAAUCAUAUCGACCGCUGUGUGUCCUAACGUUCCGCUGGAACUAUCUGCUGCACGGGCUCGAACCGGCCGGCUAUCAUCUGGUCAACGUGCUGCUGCACACGAUCGUUUCGCUGAUGUACUUCCGAAUGUGCGCCAUGUUGCUUUCGGAAUCGGCCAGCUUUGCGGCUGCCCUACUUUUUGCCGUUCAUCCAAUCCACACCGAGGCGGUGACCGGUGUUGUCGGACGGGCGGAAACACUCUCGUCGGUGUUUUUCCUGGCAGCAUUCAUUUUCUACACCAAGGCGACCAGGCGGAAAAAAUCCACAGGUUGGCGCUUCCUUUGCCUUUCCAUGCUGUUCGUCGCGACCGCAAUGCUGUGCAAGGAGCAGGGCAUCACCAUAACGGGCGUAUGUGCAAUUUACGAAAUCUUCGUCGCCCAAAAGAUUCGACUCGGUGACAUCUACCAUCUGGCCCGGUCGAUGAUGGGCGGGAAAACGUUCGCCCUGCCGACGGGCUGGUGGCCCCACGAAGCAUCCCGCCGACUGGCCGUCCUGUGCGUUACCACCGUGGCAUUGUUGUUUGCCCGGCUGCAGAUCAUGGGCUCCCAGCUGCCCGUUUUUACCAGAUUCGACAAUCCAGCAUCGGUGGCGGUAACCCCUGCUCGGCAAUUGUCGUACAACUAUCUCGUCUCAGUCAACCUCUGGCUGUUACUAUUCCCAUGCGAUCUGUGCUGCGACUGGACGAUGGGAACGGUCCCUUUGGUCGAGUCGUUCACGGACCCGCGCAAUUUUGCCACCCUCGGAGCGUACAGCAUGAUUGGCGUACUGGCAUGGGUUGCCUUCAUCGAAAACCAUCGCCAAAAGUCAGCCGUAGUUGUAAUGGGGCUGGCAUUCAUGAUUCUUCCCUUUCUGCCCGCGUCGAAUCUGUUCUUCCCGGUGGGUUUCGUGAUUGCCGAGCGCGUCCUCUACAUGCCGUCGAUGGGUUUCUGCAUUCUGGUCGGUUACGGGUUUCAUCUCCUGUCGGAACGCUGGUCACGCAAGAUGACAUGGUGCUGUCUGGGCGUACUGCUGCUCACGCACUCCAUCAAGACGUACAAUCGGAACGCGGACUGGGAAUCGGAGUACUCGAUCUUCAUGUCCGGCCUGAAGGUGAACCAACGGAACGCAAAGCUGUUCAACAACGUGGGCCAUGCGCUCGAGAGUGAAGGUCGGUUUGAAGAAGCGCUGCAGUUCUUCCACAAAGCCGUCAGCGUGCAGGAGGACGACGUGGGAGCACACAUUAACGUCGGCCGCACGUACAACCAUUUGAAAAUGUUUAAAGAGGCAGAGCAAGCCUACUUGAAGGCGAAGUCAUUGCUGCCGAAAGCGAAACCGGGCGAAUCGUAUCAGGCGCGCAUCGCACCGAACCAUCUGAACGUGUUCUUGAAUCUCGCGAACCUGAUCUCGAAGAAUGCGACCCGGCUGGAGGAGGCGGAUCUUCUCUACCGGCAGGCGAUCAGUAUGCGUUCCGAUUACACGCAAGCGUACAUCAAUCGGGGCGAUAUUCUGAUCAAACUGAACCGCACCAAGGAAGCGCAGGAGGUGUACGAACGGGCGCUUCUCUACGAUAGUACCAACCCGGACAUAUACUACAACCUCGGUGUUGUCUUUCUGGAGCAAGGUAAAGCAUCGCAAGCGUUAGCGUAUCUGGACAAAGCGCUUGAAUUUGAUCCCGAACACGAGCAGGCUCUACUCAAUUCGGCCAUUCUGCUGCAAGAGCUGGGUCGUCCGGAACUGCGCAAAAUUGCGCGUGAACGUCUGCUGAAGCUGCUAGCUAAGGAUGAAACCAAUGAACGGGUUCAUUUCAAUCUCGGCAUGCUGGCAAUGGACGACCGUAAUACGGACGAGGCCGAGAAUUGGUUCCGUCGGGCAGUUCAUCUGAAGCAGGAUUUCCGAAGCGCACUGUUUAAUCUGGCAUUAUUGCUAGCCGACGAUCAUCGUCCGCUGGAGGCGGCACCAUUCCUUAACCAACUCGUCAAAUACCAUCCGGAUCAUAUCAAAGGAUUGAUACUGCUCGGUGAUAUCUAUAUUAACAACAUCAAGGAUCUGGAUGCGGCAGAGAAUUGCUACAAACGCAUACUGCAGCUCGAUCCAAUCAACAUCCAGGGCUUGCACAAUCUAUGCGUGGUGUACGUGGAGCGGGGCAAAUUGCUGCAAGCGCAGGAUUGUCUGUCGCACGCACACGAACUGGCGCCGGGUGAGGAGUACAUCGGUCGCCAUCUUCAAAUCGUCCAAACGCGCAUUAAUCGCUUGCGCCAAACACCAGACGGUAGCCGGGAGAAGGAAAUUGCCUUCGCCGACUACGAUCCGCAAGAGUUCGGUGGUACCGCGGGUGCAAUGGCAUCCAGGAACGUGGAACUGUCGCUCGCCAAAAGCACUGUAAAUAGCAACAGCGAAAAGACGGGCAGUCAGCAGGCCGAAUUGCGAGAAAACGUCCCGGAUGUGCUGUACGGCAACGAUAAUAAGCAGAAAACAGUAUUACCUCACCAGCAGCUGGAGCAACAGCAGGCUGAACCGAUUGCGCCGGAUGAUGAUCCGGUUUUUCUCGAAUCAGAAAGCACAAACAAUCUACAGAGUUAUGCAGCACCACCGGUCGAUAGUAUAGCGCACAAGGCGAAGCACCGCAUUGAUGACGGUAGUGGAAAGCUUGCGACUACCACCCAUCGGGAUGAGGUGCCUGCGGUGAAGCGAGACUCCAGCCAUUCAUCCGAUGGUUCUCUACAUCAUGCACCACCGCACCCGACGCAGCACCUGCAUCGACCGGCGACGAUUGGACAGGAUCUGGACGAUCCAUCGUCCGGGAUGUCAUAGCAUCACAUACUGGAUUACAAGUUAGAUUGUUUCAAAAUCAACUAGGAAAGCUACACCUCCCCCGAGCAUUGGUCUCAUCUUCCCUGUAAAUAGGUAGAGAACCGCGGACAGUGGCAACGUAGCCCGCGAGGAUAAACAAACGUAGCAGCGGAGAUAAAGUGUAUGUGUUCCUAGCGGAAAUGGACUGCGAGAGAUUAACUUUUGACUGAUUUGUUAAACCAGAACUAACAGCUAAGCACCCACUUCACAAUGAAUCUCACGAAGGUCGUGCUAAAUGGAAAUUUAAUCUGUGCAUUGAAUGCAUUUUCCAAGCCAAGCAGCGAAACAAUGGCGGUACAGAACAAUCCUUCACGCUGAAGAAAAAAACCCUUCCUGGUUUUUUUGUUUUGUUGCAUUCCCAGGUAGCAAAUUGUUAGUACGGAUUGUAAGAGUGUGAUCAUGAGCGUUUGCGUUUAUAGGUUUGUGAGCGUGGAUGUGAUGUGCCCGUGUGUGUGUGUGUGUGUGAGAGUGUGUGGAUGUGUACGUAAAUUGUUAGGAAUGUAUGAUGAUAUAAAAAGGGAUAUUUUCUAUAUAUACAAACCAUAAUUGUGAAUGCGAUAGAAGAGAAAUGUAGUUUGAACAGGAUUUCUCUCCUGGAGAGGAUUGUUAGCAUGUUACAGCGAUGUAACAGUACAUGGACAGUAGUUAUCGAAUUGUACGACGUUGGCCUUGGAACGAUGUGGUAGGGAUGUUUGCAAAUUAAAGAAAUGAACACCCUGCCAGCAAAACGAGAAAAUAUAGAAUGGUGAACUGAUGAGAAAUUAAGUUUUCUAUCGAUUUACAACAAAAAUGAAGAAUUUCUGUGGAAAAAGUCUGCAGAUUUACACUUCCUUGCUCGUUAGUUUAAAAAAAAAAAAGGGAAAAACAAUGCAAGAUUCCAUUACGAGCGUCACUGAGCGGAAUCAUACAACCAACGUCGAUUCGCUUACUAUCUAAACUGCGGAAAAAAUGAAACGUUUAGUGGGUAACCCCCGAGCGUAGCAAGAAAUGAAGGAUUAGCAAAAACGAUUAUGUAUUUAUAUACAAACACACGCAGACGAUGUAAACACUACAGCAGCUUAAAGAUGGCCACAACAUAAUACACAAAUCUCACCUAAAGAAGAUCUUUGGACCCUCACACACUCACGGCCCCUUGCCGGGGCCAUCUUCCGUGAUAGUGUUAUGUGCUAUGAUUUAUGCAUCGGCAACCAACAUUCGGCAAAGAGAAAUUCGUAAACAAAAAAAAAACAAACAAACACACACCCACAAACACACCAGGCGAACGAUGCUC